CCGGGGCCGCCAUUUUGAGCGGCUCCGCGGGCGGCGGCGGCCGCGGGCGGGGGAGGAGCGCGGCCCCCAUGGCCGGGCAGUUCGACUCCGAGGACCGGGCGAGCUGGUACUGGGGCCGGCUGAGCCGCGUCGAGGCCGUCUCGCUGCUACAGGGGCAGCGCCACGGCACCUUCCUGGUGCGCGACUCGAGCACCAUCCCCGGCGACUUCGUGCUGUCGGUGUCCGAGAGCUCCCGCGUCUCGCACUACAUCGUCAACAGCCUGGGGCCGGCGGGAGCCCGGCGGUCCGGCGGCGAGGGCCCCGGGGCCCCGGGGUCGAAUCCCACCAGAUUUCGAAUAGGUGACCAAGAGUUUGAUUCUUUGCCAUCUUUACUGGAAUUCUACAAAAUUCACUAUUUGGACACUACAACCUUGAUAGAACCCGUUUCGCGCUCGAGGCAGAACAGCGGGGUCAUCCUCAGGCAGGAGGAGGCCGAGUACGUGCGAGCCCUCUUUGACUUUAAUGGCAAUGAUGAGGAAGACCUCCCCUUUAAGAAAGGAGACAUCCUGAGAAUCCGGGAUAAGCCUGAAGAGCAGUGGUGGAACGCAGAAGACAGCGAAGGGAAGAGGGGAAUGAUUCCCGUUCCUUACGUCGAGAAGUAUAGACCUUCCUCUGCUUCAGUCCCCACUCUGAUUGGAGGUAACCAGGAUAGUUCCCACCCACAACCACUGGGUGGGCCGGAGCCAGGGCCCUAUGCCCAGCCCAGCAUCAACACUCCGCUCCCUAACCUCCAGAAUGGCCCUAUUUAUGCCCGGGUUAUCCAGAAGCGAGUCCCUAAUGCCUACGACAAGACAGCCUUGGCUUUGGAGAUGCCAUCAAGACUAAGCUCGGACCGACGCUGCAAGUGGUAUUGCUUGGAUAAGCAUUCUGAUAACCUGCAACCCCCUGGGACUCAGCACCACCAUUCCUUAAGCAAGGGUCGUGUAAUUCAGGGUACGACAGUAGAUAACUCGUGUGUCCAGUGGCACUACUAGGCCAUGAUUAGAGGUUGUAAUGCCUGCUUAUGUCCACGUGCAUGGCAGCCUGGAGCUUCCAGCAGCAGCAGCUGGAGAAAGCAGUGCUGUAGAUGUUCAGAGAACAUUUACAGCCCUCUCCGGGCCCAUUGCUUAUGUUGCUUCUUCCUCAGGCAAUGAAGAUCAACCGUAGACAAUUCAAUACCUUGAUAGAAAUUUCACAAAUUUCUCCUGGAGCUCUCUCCGUGUUUUCUGCCAUCCUGGUUCUCUGUCCUAGAAAGGCUCUGCAGUGCUCUGCAUGGUCAGUUAGCUGUGCACAGCACAGACUGAGGCAGGGCCCGCUGGGCACAGCCUUGUGAUUUACAGAUCCUUACCAUGUCCAUGGUAAAUGACAGAUCCAAUCAACCUCAGAAUUCUAGAAGCUUGUGGACACUAGAUUGAUUUCUUCAGUACUGUUGAUGCUUCAAACAUAGCAGCUGAUUUUAAUUUAAGAUUUUUAUUAACACACAGUAUCUCCUUUUAUCCACAAAUACAAGGCUUAUGGAAGUGUAAACCUCCAUAUCAGUGCUGAAAAAUACGUGCAUAGCACUUUAAUACGUAGCUUUAAAGCAGUGUUUGAUUCACUAAAUAUACUAAAAUAUUGACACUGCUUUCCAAUAAAAUUAAAUUGUGUAGGGCUAGUUUAAUUUUUCUGGAAUUCUUCAAUAUUGUACAAUACUGUUACAGUACAAAUCAGUGUCAAGCACGGUGAACUGACAAACCAAAUAUUAGUUUUAUUUUAAAGACAGUCUGGGGACUCUUCUGGUUUAAUUCCCAUCUGUAAAAUAUUUGAUAGUGAACUCAUGAGGAUUUUAUUUUUAAUAAACUAAUGGAAAAUAAUUGUGUGCUUCUGGAUUGAUUCUCAAAAGGCAUAAUAGAGUAAAUAUGGCUUCCUAGCUCAUGAUGAAAAUCAGUGCAUUGAGUAGGCAGUAUUAUGUACUGCUUGAUGGUUGUUUUUUAGUCUGUUCUUCUAAUUAUCUGGUUUUCUCUAAUAUAAAUCAGAAUGGAUUUAGUAAGUUUUGUAAACUGAAAUUAAACACUGAAAUAACUCUCCCUUGCCUGUACCCUGGGUUGUUUUCCAAGCACAGCACUCUGGUGACCAAACUAAAUUUUGUAACUUGGACUACAGUAUAAUCCAUGCAGAAGGGUUUUUCUAAAUAGUAUCAAACUGAAACUGGUGGGUUUGGUUGCUUCAGACCCGUGUGACCCCAAGGCUCAUGGGGUGCAUGUGCUGCCAAGGCCUUUGCUGCAAGGCAUCGACCCUCCAACAAUACUGGUAACACUUUACCUCAGAACUCUGUAACAUGCUGGAAAUGAUAAUAUUUCUGUUCUAUUUAAGUACUAGUUGUUUUACUUCAAAACUAAUCCAUCAGCAAGUCUGAGUAAUGUUCAGGUUAUGGGCACUCAUUAAUUCUGUGGACUAACGUUGAUCACACUUGUCCAUCACCAGUCUCAUGAGCACUACUGAGGAUUAAAAUCAAAAACUGACAGCAGGGACAGUGGGGUAAGAAUGGAAACAAGGAAUUGCAGCUCUGUUCUACCUUGGAUUGUUAUUCUGGUUAGGGUGACGUGCCAGUGAUUGUGGGAGCUCUUCUAGCUUAGUACAAAAUUUACUUUGAGGGGAAAAAAUUGUGAAACUAACUCUAGGUUCUGUAACUGAUCAGGUUCUUUAAGGCUGAUUUGUUGUUUUCCUCUGAUCUUGAUAUUCACUGUAACUGUUCAGCUGCACUCUAAAUAACAGACUUAAAACUGAGUUUUUCAGUUGCCCAUGUAUGCUUAUGUUUGUCUUCAGGUUUUGCAAAAGGAACAUAGUAAACAGUGUGUCAUUAGAGUGACACUGUUCUGAAGUGUUUUUCAAUUGCAGUUAAUGAAAGCCCAUAUAUUUCUACCUUUCCAAUCAGGAAUUCAGAUACCAAAAGAUGAUUUUUCUGGAAGUUUUAUUAUGCAAACCUUGCUUUUUUAAUACGAAAGACAUUAAUUGAAUUAACUAGCAAGUUCCCUGCAAACUUUGUAGAUGUGGUUUUGUUAAGAUUGUAUAAAUUGUGAAUAUUUGUACACUUUGAAAGAGCAAAAUAAGGAAACUAGAGGAGUCUUAAUAGCUGCUGUUACACUAGAACCCCAAGUUCUUCUCAAACAGUUUUAGCUGACUGAUACAUUAUUGCAACUGUUUCCCACUCUUCAGUUCUAAGCUGAAAUGUGAUUUUGUUUUAUAGGUGAUAGAAAGGAGUAUGAAUUUGGACAAAAUAGACAUUUCAACUUGUCAGGGUCUUCAAGGCAAAUAGGUAGAACCCAUGUCCAUGAACAUGUAGAGGAAAUCCUUUUGUGGCCUUUGUUUAUCCUCUUCUAUUGUUCCCUCCCUUCUCCCAAUGCGUGCAAAAAAAUCAUUGCUCAGAAUGUUGGUCACAAUCUUUUGUCUCUUCCUUGGCUGUGGUUUUGGUCUCUUGUGCAUAGGCAGGUGUUAGAACUAGAAUAAUCAUUUCUAGAAAUACACCAUGAAAGCAGAAUGCUCAAUUACACUGUGUUCUUCUGGUGCAUUUACACGUUAUAUCACACUAAAAAGUACAACUGGCUGCUAUGGUUUUUUAAUAUAUAUUUCAUUUUGGUAAGCCCCUGCCUUUUUACUAAUAUAUGACCUGGUUAAAUCUUGUUAAUCUGUUUGAAUUGUAUUUGUUAAUAAUGCAAAGAUUUCUAAUCAUCUUUAAGAGCAAAACACUUCCUUUUUGUUAAUGGUUUUGGGGAAGGAUUCUAACCAAACCUGUUUGGAGAAAAAUAUGAACAUGUGCCAUUGUAUUAUAACACUAUCCACUUUCUUGACAGUUAAAGUCCUUUUUUAUUUUUUUGUAGCAUGUAAUGUAUAUGUUCAUAGUACGUGAAGUAAAUAAAAGUAUAGCCAAAACUUUGA